CCCCGCCCGGCUCCGCAGUUCUGGCAGCGGGCGGACGGGGAGGGACCGCCGUCAAAGCCGCCCGGAGGAGCCGGAGCCGCUCAUUGCCGCUGCCGCGGACCCGCCCGUCCCUCCGCUCCAUCCCCGCGCUGCGGGCGCUCGGCUCCGACCUCGCCUCCCCGUACCCCGCAGCAUGGCCAGCACCGUCUCAGCCUACAAGGAGAAAAUGAAGGAGCUGUCUCUGCUCUCCCUCAUCUGCUCCUGUUUCCACACCCAGCCGCAUCCCAACACCAUCUACCAGUAUGGAGAUAUGGAGGUGAAGCAGCUGGAUAAGAGGGCAUCGGGCCAGAGCUUCGAGGUGAUCCUGAAGUCUCCUUCAGAUUUGUCUCCUGAGAGCCCCAUCCUUUCCUCUCCCCCCAAGAAGAAGGAUCUGUCCCUGGAGGAGCUGCAGAGGAGGCUGGAGGCUGCAGAGGAGAGGAGGAAGACCCAGGAGGCGCAGGUGCUGAAGCAGCUGGCGGAGAAGCGGGAGCAUGAGCGGGAGGUGCUGCACAAGGCGCUGGAGGAGAACAACAACUUCAGCCGCCUGGCCGAGGAGAAGCUCAACUACAAGAUGGAGCUGAGCCGGGAGAUCCGCGAGGCGCACCUGGCUGCCCUGCGGGAGCGGCUGCGCGAGAAGGAGCUGCAUGCAGCUGAAGUCCGCAGGAACAAGGAACAGCGGGAGGAGAUCUCUGGAUAAAGGGCUUUUCUACACAUCUAGCACCUGAUUCCUGUUAACAAACCGACCGACCGACACGUUUUAUUUUGUUUGUCUAGAUGCAGCAUUUGGUUCUCCUUCCCCCCCCCUCCCCCCCCAUUCCCUGGUGUUCGUCCCCCAGCUACACGCUUCUCUGUCUGCAUCCUUAAUCGUUCGGUGCUUGUGGGGAGUCACAGGUCGUAGGGACCUCUCAGCAGAAUAGCAGCUAGUUCACGUGAAAUAGAAAUCAGUCAGUCAGACAGCUUCUUUGGAGGGUUUGUCCUUUUUUUUUUUUUCUUUUUAAAAAAAAAACAAAAUAUUUCUUAAACUCAUGUAAAAAUUAAGAUAUUAAUAAAUUCAACCAGCAGCGUCACGGAAACACGGAAUUCUUAUCCGGGGGCUUUUACUACACUUGGUGUUUGCUCUGAGCUGAAUAUCAGAAUAAUAAGGAACAAUCAUUUCUGUAUGUAAAUGGAGCAAUGAGCAGAGAGUUAGCAGAGAGGGGCAGGCUGGCUGCAUGGCACUGCUACAUGGCUCCCAGCCAUCCCUGCAGCCAGAGUAGGCAGCGACCCAGUGUCCUUAUCUCAGGUGGUUCUUUGGUAGACAGUGUGGAAAUAGGUGAGGGUCUCAGCCCAGAGCUUGGUUCCAUGUCAUAGAAUGUCCCCAAUCCCAUCCUUGUCCCCAGCUCCAUCCCUGUCCCUCUCUGUGUCUCCGUCCCCAUCUCCAUCCCCAUCCCUAUCCCUGUCCCCAUCCCUGGUGGCUGCAGGCUGAGCUCCCUGUCCCCCAUGGGCUCUGUCACCUCGGCUCUGCAGAACCCCAGGGGGGCCCUCAGUCUGCACGCUGCCAGCCCUCCAGGACCCCCUGGGAAUGCAGGGACAGGACACAGUGGUGAGGCCGCCUGCUGGCAGGGAGGACAUCACUCUUCCCGAGGAUGGAUGUGGCUCAGUGGAUGCUGAGGACAGGGAGCUCCUGGGCUGCGCUUUGGGAUGCAGGACUUACCAGCAGCACUGGAUGAGGUGGAGCUGAGCAGGAGCAAUUCUGCAGGAAGGGUGAGGAGGUGUUCCCAUGCUCGUUUCUUGGCUAUCUUUAGCUUUUCAAGGCCUAUUUUUAAGCAAACAUUGUCUCUUGGUGGGGGCAGGGAUGAGCGGAGGAUAUGCAAGUGUGACAGCGGUAGGUGACAGCAGUGUGAUGCAGACAGGUGGCUGCCAGCCUGGGGCUUCCUGCACUGCUGUCGCCGUGGCCUUGGGAGGCAGCUGAAGUCCCAGCACUGCAGGGCUGUGCCCGCGGGACCUUGCACUUGCUCUGCUUCUGCCUUGAAAAACCGAGAGGAAAUGUUGCAUCUGAAACAUUGCAUGGAAUUGGGUCCAGCUGUGCAUAGGACGCAGGGCUGAGCAGCCAGCCUGGUCUGUGGUGGCUUUGGGGCAGGAGGUGAUGAGGGUUCCCCUGUGCAGAGCUUUGGUGCUGUGCUUUGGGAGCGGGCUGCUGGGGUCCCCCGUGCUGUGCAUGGAGCAGAGAAGGAUACCCCAUCCCUGGAGGCAUUCAAGGCCAGGUGGGAUGGGGCCCUGGGCAGCCUGUUCUGGUGGGAGCAUGAUCUUUAAGGUCCCCUCCAACCCAAGCCAUUCUAUGAUUCCACGAUUUGCACCAGAGGCUGUGUGCUUCCCUCUCCGUCCCUCCCAAAAAGCAUUGCUGGCUCAGCUAGGACCUGAUGUUUUCUGUCUAAAGUGCGCUUUAAUUACACACACACCCAAAAAAUGGUGAUGACCAAAAAAAAAAAAAA